AUGACUUCCCAAUCAGCGCCCCUCUCAGCCAGGGCCUACUUGGACAGCCGGCCCUCCUUCAGCCACCGUCUCUCGUCCGCUGUGAAUCGCGCCGAAUCGGGAGAACCUGAAGAGGGUCACAGACCGGCCGAAACACAUGUAGAGGAGGAGAUUGCAGAGAUCAAGCGGUAUGAGGAUGCAGCGAGAGAACAAGCCCGACGAAAAGUGCGCCAGAGACAAAGUGCGGGACUCCGAGCGCGAGGCUCGGUGGGAUGGAGGUAUAAGUUGUGGGAGCUCUACGACGCAGCACAAGGUUGGGUCGUCGUCACCUUGGUUGGAAUAGCGAUUGGUUUUAAUGCAGCCCUCUUGAGUAUCAUUACAGAGUGGCUGUCCGACAUCAAGUUGGGAUACUGCUCCACUGCCUUCUAUCUCAACGAGAACUUCUGUUGCUGGGGCGAGGAAAACGGAUGCGAAGAGUGGAAGCACUGGACUGGUUUCGCGCCUUUCAACUACUUCAUCUAUGUGAUCUUCGGAACUCUUUUCGCUUAUGUUGCCUCUGUGCUGGUCAAAUACUAUGCGCCGUACGCCGCAGGCUCUGGUAUAUCCGAGAUCAAAUGUAUCAUUGCUGGGUUUGUCAUGAAGGGAUUCCUAGGAGGUUGGACGCUCAUCAUCAAGUCCAUCUGCUUGCCCCUGGCCAUUGCCUCUGGCCUGUCCGUCGGCAAGGAGGGCCCAACUGUGCACUAUGCUGUAUGCACAGGAAACGUCAUCUCCCGUCUCUUUAGGAAAUAUCGUAGCAAUGCAUCCAAGACUCGGGAGAUCCUGAGCGCAAGUGCUGCCGCCGGCGUUGCCGUUGCUUUUGGUAGCCCUAUCGGAGGUGUGUUGUUCUCUCUCGAAGAGAUGUCCAGCUAUUUCCCCCUCAAAACCAUGUGGCGAAGCUAUUUUUGUGCUCUGGUCGCGACGGCAGCUCUAUCAACUAUGAACCCCUUCCGCACCGGUCAACUGGUCAUGUUCCAAGUCCAAUACGAUCGAGACUGGCACUUCUUUGAGAUAGUCUUUUAUGUCGUUCUCGGGAUAUUUGGCGGAUUAUACGGAGCCUUCGUCAUGAAAUGGAAUCUCCGUGUCCAGUCUUUCCGAAAGAAAUAUCUGAAGGAAUUUGCUGUGGGUGAGGCGACGUUGCUUACUUUGGGCACGGCAAUUAUUGCGUAUCCAAACGCUUUCCUUCGGAUCGACAUGACCGAGGGCAUGGAAAUCUUGUUCUUGGAGUGUGAAGGUACCAAGGACUAUGCUGGCCUUUGCGACGCUGACAAGCGACUCAAAAACAUCGUGCUCUUAGUUUUGGCCACGGUGAUUCGAGUUUUCCUCAUCAUCAUCUGCUAUGGAUGCAAGGUGCCCGCGGGAAUCUUCGUGCCCUCCAUGGCCGUUGGCGCAUCUUUUGGCCGUCUUGUCGGAAUCAUCGUCCAGGCCAUUCAUGAAGCCCAUCCAACAAGCGCGUUUUUCGCAGCGUGUAAACCUGACGAGCCUUGCAUCACGCCAGGGACAUAUGCAUUUCUGGGGGCCGCUGCAGCUCUGAGUGGUAUCAUGCACAUCACAGUGACUGUGGUUGUCAUCAUGUUCGAGCUGACCGGUGCCCUCACCUACAUUUUGCCCACAAUGAUCGUUGUCGGCGUCACAAAGAUUGUUGGAGAAAUGUUUGGCAAGGGAGGCAUCGCAGACCGGAUGAUCUGGUUCAGCGGGUUCCCCUUUUUAGACAACAAGGAGGAACACAACUUUGGUGUGCCCGUGUCACAGGCCAUGCGGACGGAGGUCGUGUCGCUGCCGGUUCACGGAUUGACCGUCCGUGAAGUCGAGCAAAUACUUGGCGAUGAAACCUACCAGGGCUUUCCCAUUGUCGAGAACAGGGAAUCACGCAUCCUUGUCGGGUUCAUUGGGCGCACCGAACUUCGCUAUGCAAUUGACAAGGUUCGGCGUGAGAGAACAAUUAGCCCUGACGCGAAAUGCGUGUUUACACCACCGCCCGAGAACUUGGGCGUGCCUCUUGUAUCUACGGUGACGGUUAAUGUCGAGUCGAUGUCGACGACUCUUGAAUUUAGCCGAUACAUCGAUGCUACGCCGGUCACAGUCCAUCCUCGUUUGCCAUUGGAAACAGUGAUGGAGCUGUUCCGCAAGAUCGGCCCCCGUGUCAUCCUCAUCGAGUACCAUGGCAAGCUAACAGGCCUGGUCACGGUGAAGGAUUGCCUCAAGUAUCAGUUCCAAGCCGAGGCGGCGGAGAAUCCUAAGGAAGAUCACCACAUCCUCGAGAGCCAGGAACAGUUAUGGGUCUUGUUCAAACGCGUCGGCUAUUGGGUAUCGGAGAAGGUCGAGAACAUGUCGGGAGGGAGGGUUAAGCUAGCCGGAGACUGGCAGGGCUCGCGCCCUGUACGGAACUCACAUAUUCUUGACGGAGAUGAGGAUGAGAUAGACGAAGGAUUGGAGAUGGAACCCCGUCGUUAA